CGGCCGCACAAAUGCCAUCGCUUGGCUGGCCCACAUUCAUUAAACUCCUAGCCCGCUGAGACGUCGCUUGGAUCCGCUGCUGUCUAUUCGCAACCAUCCUUGGGCGCCGCGCCCAGCCCUCUCUCUCCCUCUCUAUGCUCUGCGACUCCGCAGAGACUUCCCACCGCGUUGCAGCUCGACACAGCACACCUCUCGCCCUCCUUAUGAGACGCUGGCCGUGAACCUUCCCGUCCUUGAUCUGGACCGCCACACGCUCGUUUGCACCUCACGCGCCACGCACAACAACACUGGUGUUGGAGCCGCUUUGGCUCGCAUGCUGCUUGGAAAUUGCGUCGCGCCAUCAACAACAUAACGCAUUUCAGGCACUGAGAACCUACCGGGCCCUUCAUCAGUCACGAUACCACCCCAAAGCUCGUGCUGGCACGACCUAGUCAUUCACUACAAACUCUAGCUGCUCUCAUGCACGGCGACUGCCUCGGACAAUAACCCAUUGAACUACAUUGCGCCGUUUGCCACGACUGCGCAACCCGCAUCGCCGACUUUCUUUUCUGGAAACCCCGUUGACGCUCAUUCGACAUGAUCUCUCCGGUAUGGCUGCUGCUGGCGGCCAGCCCGUACGCUAUGGCAGCAGGCGGCGGUGGCCCGCCAAGUGAGAGCGAGAGGCUGGCCAGCUUGCUCAACGAUAAGAUGAUCAAGUAUACCGGAGUGACCUGGGCCUGUAUCAUUGCGACCUUACUUGUCUACCACUGGACGAUCAAGUUGCUGCACCAUGUCCGCCAGCUCGCCAACUUGAACCACGGCACAUCGAGCGACGGCCGCCAACGAUACUUCAGUCUUCCGGACGAAACAUGGUCGCGCAUUAAGCGACACUUCAUCAUUGCUCCUCUGUUCAGCCGGAGACACAACCGCGAAUUCCGUCUGUCGGCUGCCGCUAACGUCGGUAUCCUGCCAGGCCGCAUGCAAUCAUUCUGGCUGUUUGGGUACCUUGCCCUCAAUGUCGUCUUCACUGUCUGGAAGAUUAACUGGAACGACAAGGAGGCAUUCAUGGACCAAGCUUUGAGCCGUACCGGAGUGCUCGCGGUGUUGAACAUGAUCCCACUGUUCCUUUUGGCAGGCCGCAACAACCCCAUGGUCUGGUUGAUGGGAAUCUCCUUUGACGACUUCAACCUGUUGCAUCGCUGGAUCGGCCGUAUCGUCGUCCUGGAGGCAACCGCCCACGCCACAUUUUGGUUUGUGAAGAAGGUGGUCACAUUGGGCGCGGAGAAGGGCAACGCCGCCAUCGCAGGCGCCCUGGCAAACAGCGAAUUUAUCCUGACCGGAACCAUCGCAUUCGCUGCCUUCGCCGCCAUCCUCCUCCAGUCGCCAUCGAUUGUGCGACACGCAUUUUACGAGACUUUCCUGCAUCUGCACAUUGCGCUCGUCAUCGUCUCUGUUGUUACUGUCUGGAUCCACCUGAAAGGCAGGCCUGCUCAGAUCCUCGUCCUCGGAGCUCUGGUCUGCUGGAUCUUCGAGCGCUUGGCAAGGGCCUACCUCUUGAUUCGCAACAACCUCAGCAGGAAGCGUCGCACGAAGAUCGAGGUCGAGGCACUUCCUGGUGAUGCCAUGAGGGUCACCAUGCACAUGGCUCGACUGUGGAAAUUUAAGCCCGGUCAGCACAUUUACCUCUACAUCCCUAGCAUCGGAAUGUGGACCAGCCAUCCUUUCUCGGUAGCCUGGAGUGACGAAAGCACCGAUGCCGCAGCCGAGAAGGGCCUACCCAUGGCCAGGCAAGACCUCUUUGCGGCAAAAACCACAUCCAUGUCGCUGAUUAUUCGUCGACGUACUGGCUUUACCGAUACUCUCUGGCGCAAGGCCGAGGCGGCGGGACCAACUCCAAUGAUUACUACGGGCUACGUUGAAGGGCCUUAUGGGAACGAAAGCUUUCAGUCGUAUGGUACUGUCAUGCUGUUCGCCGCAGGUGUUGGUAUCACCCACCAGGUCCCACACGUGCGUGACCUUGUGGCUGCUUAUGCCAACGGAACAGCAGCCACACGGAAGAUAGUUCUCGUCUGGACCAUUCAGUCGCCAGAGCAUCUCGAGUGGAUUCGACCUUGGAUGACUCAGAUACUCAGCAUGCCGAAACGCCGAGAUAUUCUCAAAAUCUUACUUUUCGUGACCAGGCCACGCAGUACAAAGGAGAUUCACUCGCCCAGUGCCUCAGUUCAAAUGCUGCCCGGAAGGCCUUCUUGCCACGAUUUAAUCAGCAAGGAGCAGCAGACGCAAGUGGGAGCAAUGGCUGUGAGCGUAUGUGGCACGGGGGCCAUGAGUGACGAUGUGAGGAAAGCAGUGAGAGACCACUGCGAGGAAACGACGAUUGACUUCUUCGAAGAGGCCUUCACCUGGUAGCCCGCCUGAAAGUUCAUGUUGUUAUGGUCGACGGCGCUCGGAGGUGUCCAGCGGAGAGCGUUUCACGAAAUUUCGUUUUCCUUUAUUUUUGCAUCAGAGGUCAGAGCACCUAGCUUCAUAGAACUACGUCAAUCGGACGUAUGUAUAUCUACUUCGCAGACAGCCGUCAAAAGAUUGCUGUCGCUAGGAAUAAACACUAUCCCAUGUGUUUUGUGAAUAACUCAUAUCUGAUGUUUGUGCCAAGC